AUGAAGCUCUCUCUUUUCUUUCUCCUUUUGUCAUUGUUCUCCCAGACGACACUGGCCUCCGUUCUGGCGAUUGACUACGGUGCAGACUGGAUCAAGGCUUCGCUCGUGACGCCGGGGGUGCCGUUCGAUGUGCUACUCAACAAGGACUCGAAACGCAAAAUUCAGUCUGUUGUUGGCUGGAAACAGGAUGACAGAUUGUUUGGUUCGGAUGCCUUCAACAUCGCUGGUCGAUUUCCCUCGGACUCGUUUUCUUCUUUAAAAUACCUCCUGGCGGCACCAUACGGAUCUGAGUCAUACUACGAAUCAAUAUCUCAGGCAGACGUCGUGAAGACCGAGCGAGGCACUGUAGCCCUGAAGCGGCCGGAAGGGACAGAAUGGAGUGUAGAAGAGCUAAUCGCGAUGCAGUUCGCAUACGUGCGCGAACUUGCAGAAUCUUCCGCUGGAGAGAAGGUGCACGACGUCAUCGUGACGGUGCCGCCGUAUUUUACACAGUUUGAGCGCGACGCGGUCGUAGACGCCAUCGAGAUCGCAGGUCUGCGCACCCUGGCCCUCAUCAACGAUGGUACUGCGGUCGCUGUUAACUACGCGAUGACUCGCGCAUUCCCAAUGCCCGAAUACCACGUCAUCUACGACGCAGGAGCCUCGUCCAUUCGUGCGACUGUCGUGUCUUUCGCAACAGGUUCAAGUGAGCCAAACUCAAAAAGUGGCAUCGGGGAUAGCACACAGAUCUCCGUAGCGGGCGUCGGAUAUGACCGGUCCAUUGGAGGAACAGAACUUGACCGUCGGCUCAGAGAAAUCAUGAUCAACGACUUCCAGCGUAAACACGGGAAGAACAUCCGUGGAGACAAAAGAGGCAUGGCGAAGCUGUGGAAAGAAGCGGGGCGCGUCAAGGCGAUUCUAAGUGCGAACUCCGAAGCUAUGGUGACGGUGGAAAGUCUUGCGUUCGACAUUGACUAUCGGUCCAAGAUUACAAGGGCAGACUUCGAGAUCGCAUGCAAAGACUUGAAGGGCCAAUUCGCCCGCCCCAUCUUCGACGCCCUCGCGAAGGCUGGGCUCGCCUUGAGCAAUGUCACAUCUGUCGUUCUAACUGGCGGCAGUUCUCGAACUCCCAUGAUUCAGGCCGCCGUAAAAGCCGCUGUGGGAGACAACAAGAUCGCUCUGAACGUGAAUGCCGAUGAAGCCGCUGUACUAGGCGCCGCUCUGCAUGGUGCUAGUCUCAGUCGUCAAUUUAAGACAAAGGACAUCAAGGUCUCCGACAUCGGUGUGCAUGAUAUCCAAGUUUCCUACUCGUCCGAAGCCAAGUCUGUGAACGGUAGGCCGCGCACGAUCAGCACGCUGGUACUACCGUCCGGCUCCAAGACCGGUAGCAAGAAGACGUUAACCUUCAAGCGCACGGAUGACUUCUCCGUGAAGUUGGAAUACAAGACUUCGCCAGCCCCUGGAUAUUCUACGGACAUCUUGGAAGUUGAUAUCGUGGGCGUCGGCGAUGCGAUUCGUAACCUGACAGAUCUCGGAGCGAUCGAUCCUGUGGUUAAGGCCACCGUCGUUUUGUCCGAAUCUGGAUUCACCUCAGUCCACGAUGCGAUUGCCUUUGGCGAAAUCAAAGAUGACUCACUGGCAGGGAAACUGAAAGAAUUUUUCGCGGGGUCGCCCUCGUCCUCGGAAGAGACCACAGCUGAGCCAGAGACGGCCGUACGGGAUGAGCCAUCCGCGUCGUCAAUCUCUGCCCCCGCUUCCCCCUCGCCUGCACCGGAGAAAACGUCACAGCGACACAGUACUAUCUCGCUGGAUGUACAGGUUAAAUUCCCCUCUAUACCCCCUAUGUCUGUUCCAGAAAAGCGUCACUCGCGUGAUAGGUUAAUUGCCGUUGAUAAUGAAGAAGCCAUGAAGCGGCGCAAGGAGGAAGCGAGGAACUCACUGGAGGGAUAUCUCUAUAGACUGCGCGACUUGCUGGAUGACGAGUCGGAUACCCCCUUCAUGAAAUGUUCGCAGGAGGCAGAGCGCCAGAAAAUGGCUGAAAAAUUGCAAGAAGCUCUGUCCUGGCUGCAUGAAUAUGGAGACGAUGCCCAGACUAGAGAGUAUCUUGACAAGAGAAGUGUCUUGGAGAGCCUUGAGCGACCUGUUGUACACCGAUACAAGGAGAUCGAAGAAUUCCCACAAGCGCUGAACAACAGCCAGAUGUGGAACUGGAGCACACGACUCUUCUUGACAGAAGCGAAGGCGAACAUGACGAAUGUGGGACAGGGCGGUCCUCAGUCACGAUAUACCCAGGACGAACUAGAUGCGCUAGAGAGGGUGCUCAUAGAGCACGAGCGGUGGCUGAACGAGUGGGUGGAGAAGCAGAAGUCAGUGAAGAUGAACCAAGAUCCGGUGAUAUUAUCGAGCGAGAUGAGGGCGCGGGCGAAGAUCCUGGAAAAUCAUCUGCAGAAGUUGGUAAGGAAGAGGCCUCCUAAGGCACCCAAGAAGACGCUUGCGAAGACGGAGGCGACACCGACGACCAGCGCGAAUGAGGCGGACGAUUCGGAGAGAACGCAGCCGACGGCGCCAGCGGGAGAUCAGCAUCAUGAUGAACUGUAG